AUGCUAAGAGACGCUGCUGCGCCGUCGGGCGCGCCUGGGGACAGCAAGUGGAAAGGUGAACGAACCAUACGCCAAAUCGCUAAUGCAAGCCGGCUUCCUCGUCUACCGGCAGAAGAUUACAUGAUCGUGCGACCACGAGGAGGACUCAGCGUUUCGGAGCACAGGCAGGCACGCAUAUACUGCUGCCUGAGAAACGCCGCUGGCGUCGGUCGCGAAGCAGCAGAAGAAGACAGUAUAUGCAUAAACUACAAGCAGAAUAUUGUUGUCGUCAGCACGCCGUCCGAAGAGCGAGCCAGGCGGUACGGAGCCAUCACGAAGAUACGAGUGGCAGAGCAAGAACACGAAGCCAGCGCCUACAGAGCCCAAGAAGAAAGUUCCGAAGAUAUUAUAGACAACCUAGUGACAGCAAGAAACCCAAGCAUAUUACACGCGAAGAGGAUGGGCAACACAGACAAUGUAAUCGUACUCUUCGACGGACUUCACGUGCCGAGAUACGUGAAAUACGGAGCACUCAUCGUCCGGUGCUCGCUGUACAGAAAACACAUUGACAUUUGCUACGAAUGUGGGAGGCUGGGACACAGAGCGGACGUUUGCCCCAACCCAGACGAAAAAAUAUGCAGAGGAUGCGGUGUGGCGAAUCCGACGCAAGAACACCAGUGUGAAGCAAGAUGUCAGCUAUGCGGACAAGGUCACUUUACGGGAGACAGACGCUGCAAGGCAAAAUACAAGAUACCGUAUUUGGUCCGGCGAAGACGCUGGCAGCGACGAAGAAGAGAAGAAGCGGAGGCCGAAACACCAUACGGCAUCAACGACUACAAUAAACGAGCUGGCAAGGCAACGAGCGAGAACACCCAGGGAUCAGAAGGCCAGCGAACAGAAGGCUCACCCCCGGGACCAUACGAGGGGAACAGUCAGGAAAAGCCCCGUCGCAGGCCCAGGUCGAAGACCCGGUCCAGAACACGUUCGAGAACCCGUUCGAGAACCCGAUCAAGAUCCACGGCAACGUCAAGAUUGCAAUCCACCCAAGGAGAGGUACAACCCCAGGCACAGGUGAGCUUUGCAGACGCGGUCUCUGGCACUGCUGUUACACCUACACGCGCGGGGUCCGCCUUAGAACAGGAAAUAGCACAGAUCAGACAGUUGUUAGAGCAAAUAACGCGAGAAAACGCGACGCUAAGGGAAGAGGUAAAAAUGCUUAAAGUGGAAAACGCCAAGCUUAAGAAUCAGAAACACUCAGAGAUGACCCAUACCACGCCAACACCCAUCAGGGCGUCGACACCUCUUCGAGCUCCGGCGACGCCCGUUCCCGCGUCGAUGAGUGCAGAGACGCCACCGCAUAAGCGAAGGGCAAAGGAAAACGCCGAUGAGCAAACCGACUCUACACUCGGAGAAGUAAAAGGCAUGUUUCAGGAAAUGUCCGUAGGUUUACAGCAGCAAUUCAUGCAGAUGCGCGCGGACCUACAACAACAGAUAACGCAGAUGCGAGUAGAAAUGUCUCAGAGGUUCGACGCCCUCGAAGGUAGAGUAGCGCAGCUGGAAAACGUAUCGAAAGACGCACGACCUGCAGGAGCUAGGCCGGUCAAGAGCAAGCCGUACAGCAGACCACCUGCAGCUGAGAACAGCUGCAUAGAGAACUCGAGUAGCCAACAUGGCGCCGCUUAAUGAGUACACAAUUUGGCAGUGGAAUUGUCGUGGGUUUCGUCGUAAAAGGGGUAACCUGCAGCAAUUCGUA